CGCAUGGGCAUUGUGCUAUUCUUAGACUUAUGACACUCUUCAUGAGAGAAGUACGGCCUCGUGCAGUUUGUGUGCUGCGUAUAGCGUUCUAUUAUUUUAUUUUUCAAUAUUAUUUCUUUUAAUGUUGUUUUACGCCAAAAAUUCGGAUUAAAUAUCUUUUCAUUUACGGCACGAUUGCAUCUAGUUUAGUGUUCAAUUAAUGAAGUAUUUAUGCAGAUUCGAUUUUGACGAGACUACAUUUAGUCCUCCAUCUCACGACGACAGCUUCUUUUAUAUACGGUAUCCAAAGACACAAAAUCGAUUAUCAGUUUCGCAAGACUUUCGACCAAUUGAUGAAGUUUUUAAUGAACAAAAUAUUACUCCAUCAACAAAUAAUAUAAAAACACAAGAUACGCAGCAACAGAUUAUUGAAGAGAAGAAAAAAAAUCAGGAGAUUGAUUUUAGCAAGCAUCCUUUAUCUUGUCAACAAUUUAUACCAACAACAAAUAAAGGCAAUGACACUAAAUCAAGUCUAAAAACAUCAACCAACAAUACGAAAAUUACAAAAUCACAAGGAAUAGAUGAUGGAUUUCAUGGUGAAUCAGCACUUUGUGGAAAAUCGAUUGUUCUUGUAGCCAGUCAGAUAAUGUCUAACAAACUUCACGAAAAUUUCUCGGCCGAACAGGCUGACAAACAAUAUAAAAAAGGAAGUAAAUCUUUACCAGCUACUCCACUCGCUUCGCCCGCAGGCAGUCCAAAUAGUUCCCCGAAAACUCGUCGACGUGUUCCUUCUAAUCGGUAUUUUACUAGCCCAUUUCUUCUUGAUCGUGAAAAAUAUCAAGGAGGUUGGAUCUUAUCAAGCAUCUUCGGACAAUCUAGGGAAAUUGUUACUGGUAAAAUUGACGAAGAGGACGAAACAGAUGUUUCAGCUCCUUCACUUAAAGCAUUUGCUCGAAAAAAAUCUAUUUCAUCGCAAAAUCUCACAUAUGUCGGAAGUGAUGAAAAACCAGUUGAAAAACCAGCUUUCUCAAAUGUAUUUCAAGCAAAACCAUCAGAAUUAAGAGAGAUGAAUUUUUGGUCCCCGACAUCAAUGUGAACCAAUAUAUAAUAUAAUAUUUUUAAUUCUAUUUAUAUGCGUAUUAUUACUACGUUUUGAGUUUAA